CUUGUUUUCCCUGUCCUGUGCUAUUGUUGAUCCUCUCUCCCUCUCUCUCUCUCUCUCUCUGUGUGUGUCGGCCCACCCAGCGGCUGAUUCGAUACUUCGACUUCUACCUCGGCCGGCUUGAAAAGCACCUGCAUAAACAGACCCUCUUCCUCCCACUACUGUACCUUACCCUUUCCCUUCAGAUAUACAAGGGACUCGCCCUCCUCCUCCUACUAUACCUUUGUACUCCCUUUGGACAUUUCAUACCAGGCAACCACCGCAUCCUUACCAUCAUCAUGCCUGAGCGAGUGAUUGUUGUCGGCGCUGGCCUUUCCGGCCUGAGCGCUGCUCACACCAUCUACCUGUCUGGUGGCAAUGUGCUGCUUCUCGACAAGAACAACUUCAUGGGCGGCAACUCCACCAAGGCCACUUCGGGAAUCAACGGCGCUUUGACUCGCACACAGGUCGACCACCACAUCGGGGACAGCGUCAAGCAAUUCUACGAUGACACCGUCAAGUCUGCACGAGACAAGGCCCGCCCCGACCUGAUCAAGGUUCUCACAUACCAAUCUGCGUCCGCCGUCGAGUGGCUACAGGACAUCUUCAACCUCGAUCUCACCCUCGUCUCGCGGUUAGGAGGACACUCCUUCCCACGAACUCACCGCGGUCACGAUGCCAAAUUCCCCGGUAUGGCCAUCACAUACGCCCUCAUGCAGCGAUGGGAGGAACUCUGCGAGAAAGAGCCCGAGCGAACCGAGUUGAUCAAAAAGGCAAACGUCAAGAACAUCAACAUGGACGGAAACAAGUGCACCGGUGUGACAUACGAGAUCAACGGCGAGUCCUUUACCGUCAACGGACCUGUCGUCCUCGCUACUGGUGGUUACGCUGCCGAUUUCACCGAAGACUCGCUCCUCAAGAAGCACCGGCCUGACACCUUUGAUCUCUCCACCACCAACGGCAACCACGCCACCGGUGAUGGCCACAAGAUGUUGAUGAAGAUUGGCGCCAACGGCAUCGACAUGGACAAGGUGCAAGUCCACCCCACCGGUCUCGUGGACCCGAAGGACCCGACCGCAAAGACCAAGUUUUUGGCUGCCGAGGCCCUGCGUGGUGAGGGUGGUCUGCUCAUCAACUCCAAGGGCGAGCGAUUCGUUGAUGAGCUCCAGCACCGUGACUUUGUCUCCGAGCGCAUGUGGGAAGAGAAGAAGAAGGGCAACUGGCCCAUCCGCCUAUGCUUGAACAGCAAGGCCUCCAACACACUCGAUUUCCACACGCGCCACUACUCGGGUCGUGGCCUGAUGAAGAAGAUGUCCGGCAAGGAGCUGGCCCAGGACAUUGGUUGUGGCGAGAAGAAGCUGCACGAGACGUUUACGGCAUACAACAAGUACGCCAGCGGCGAGGAGAAGGAUCCCUUCAACAAGAAGUUCUUCCACAACUUCCCCGUCGAGAUCAACGAUGACUUCCACGUCGCACACAUGGAGCCCGUGCUGCAUUUCACCAUGGGUGGUAUCGAAAUCAACGACAAGUCCGAAGUGCUGAACCAAAAGGGCGAGCCCUUUGAGGGUCUCUUCACCUGUGGUGAGUUGGCCGGUGGUGUCCACGGUGCCAACCGUCUCGGUGGAUCUUCGCUCCUCGGCUGUGUUGUCUACGGACGUGUGGCCGGCUCCAGCUCGAGCAAAUACCUCUUCCAGCAAGUCCUCAACGGUGCUGGUGGCCAAGCUGCCACUCGUGCCGGCCAAAUCAGCCUGCACAUUGACCCCAGCCAGCCGGGCAAGAUUUCGGUCGAGUGGAGUAAUGGAGCGGGCGUCGGCAGUAGCGAUGAUGACCAGAUCCGAAAGCAAGGCCAGCUGUCGGCGGCGCCCGUCAUGGGCAAGGGACAAGAUCCAGGUCAGGUCAAGCAGACGAAUGAUGUCAAGGCGUUCAAGGUGCCCGAACAAGAAUAUUCGCUCGAAGAGGUGGCCAAGCACAACAAAAAGGACGAUUUGUGGAUUGCCGUCAAGGGUGUGGUGAUGAAUGUGACGGACUGGGUCGAUGAGCACCCGGGUGGACCACAGGCCCUCUUUUCACACAUGGGCAAGGAUGCAUCGGAAGAGUUUGAAAUGUUGCACGACGACGAAGUGAUUCCCAAGUAUGCGGCCGAGAUUGUCAUUGGGCGAGUACAAGGGCAAGAGAUUACUUUGGAGUAUUAGGCCGGCAUUUUUUCUCUAAACCAAUUGAUGAGUGAAGAAUUUUGACAAAAAUCUGGAUGGAAUGAUAUGGUAUGUAUGUAGCUUUUUUGUGUGUACAUCACUUUGAACUUGACCCACG